AUGUCUGCACGUCAUAGUAGCGCAAGCACAAGUAGCGAUUUCUUUGCACGAUCCGCUAUCCUUUCCACGGCAUUCACAGCUCGCUCGGAACGUCGUCCGCUUCUUUUUUCCGGUGCACCACCUCCACAGACACAAUCUCCGUAUCAGACUCAAGAUCGAGUUGCAGUCAAACGUGGACUGCAACAAGCGGACGUAUGGGAAUUGCCGUCUCAUUCUCGAUCAGAAAGUGGUGCUAAUGCCCUGCAACGUGCGUGGAUUGCCAGUGGAUCUUUAUUAUUGGCAUUUGUAAAGACACAAGGUCUUCAAUAUGCGGGACUUGGAGUGCUUCAUGCGAUUGCUCAGUACUGUGAUCUACUAGGGCCUUACGUGCUAUUCCAAGGUGUGACAUUGCUACAACAACAAGAAGAGAAGGGACGGGAAGGCCCGGAUGAUAUGGAGACGAGAAAUCGUCUCGUCUUUUGGCUAGGGACGUUAUUGAUCUCCCGACUCCUGCGUGCAUUGCUGUCGACUUUUGUUCGUGUGGAACUUCAGACGUUGACUUUGAGACUUACAGCGGCACUGCAGAGUUUAGUGGUACAGAAAGCGUUGCGACUGUCGAAUUUCUCGACUCGACAAGCUGAUACACUUUACUCUGUCGACGUGCCGCAGCUGCUGCAUGGCGCUGCAUGUCUGCACGAACUCUGGGUGGCGCCGCUAAUUAUAGCUUUGAUUGUGGCUUUUAUUGUAAAGUUUAUUGGUGUUGCAGCAGGUGGAGCCUCUGUAGUAGUGAUCAUGACGUUAAUGGUCUUUCAGGUGCUGAAACAGCUGCAACUGCACUCGUUAGAUCGACUGCAACGAACACGGAUAGACCGACAGAACUCGAUCACAGACAUGGUGCACGCGAUGCCGGCCGUGAAGUUGCACGCGUGGGAGACGGCUGCAAAAGCGCGUGUAAAUGCCACGCGCGAACGUGAGCUCGCGGCUCUGUGGACCUUUCAGAUGCGAGGUGCUGCCGAGAUUGCAUUAAGCUUUGCCACGCCGGCUUUGGUGACUAUUGCGGCACUGGCGGCAGGGUGUCAUUCAUCAACGCAUCGUCUCACCGCAGCAUCAGCAUUUGCAACACUGGCGCUUGCACGUCUUAUGCAGACACCACUUCGAACUAUGGUCGAGGCAGUGCUAGGUGCUCGUGCCGCUUGGCAAUCGCUACGCAAUCUUUCCCACUUUAUGGACCAGGAUGAGCUGAACCCGUAUGUAGUAGCCCGGCGCGAUAAUCUGGGGCUAGUAGCCAAGUACGACGCACAAGACGUUGUCGUCGCUGUUGAAGACGCUACGUUGGGUUGGGCUACUAGCGGUCCGGUGAUUUUUCAGCACCUCGAUGUGACGGUGGGUGCCGGUGAGUUCCUAGUGGUUCAUGGGCGCCCUGGUAGUGGUAAGUCUUCCUUUCUCUCGGCACUGCUGGGUGAAAUGCAAGCGCGUGACGGAAGCGAUGGAAGCGGCAGCCGUGUAUAUGUUGGUGGCACGGUGGCCUAUUGCCCUCAGCAGCCAUGGCUGGAACAAACGCUGUCGGUACGCGACAAUGUGCUGUUCGGUCUCCCGUUUGAUCACCACAAGUAUCAGCGCGUACUUGACGUAUGCGCGCUUACCAACACAAUUACAUUGUUGCCGGCUCGAGAUCACACUCUUGUUCAAGAGUGGAUGCCAACCCCAGGACAGCAAGCGCUUUUAAGUCUUGCGCGUGCUUGUUACAGCGAUGCCGAUGUGUACUUGCUUGACGAACCACUGGCACGAUUAUACCCCAGAUCCACAGCACGCGAAAUCUUUUCUCGGUGUUUGGUGGGGCUUCUGCGCAACAAGACACGAAUAGUUGUUACUACGCGCGCUGAGUUUAUUAACUCGGAACUUGUAGACAAUGCUAUCCGCUUUGAAGACGGUGGUCAACUCGUGCAUACCCGCGAUAUUUAUGAUGUCAAUGGGCGCAAAGAGCAAGACGAAGACGAAGAAAGUAGCGAGGAAGAAGUCGGAGAUGAAAACUGGGUGCACUGCUCUGUUCCCUGUUCUGGCGUUGACGUUGUGAGUCCUAUUGAGCCACCGUAUCUUCCAUUAGAGGAAUUACCGAGCAUCGAGCAGUUGUCCAUAGAAAAUGCUGUCGGAAUAGCUCGCAAUACUUUGAGUGAACGACCGCUGCGCGAGUAUCUUUCGUGUGAAACAACAGUAAAAGCUGAAUGGAAGGAGGGUGAACGGCUGCGUAAAUCCAUUCGUGCCUACGCGGUCACUAUUGGUGGUGUUCGUGUGGCCUUGGUUCUAUUUGUUCUACUAUGCUUUUGGCAAGCUUUGCAGCUGUCGAGUGAGAUAUGGCUAGCUUACUGGGCACAUUCCAGCAGUUACAGAAGCAUGGCGGCAGACCAGCUCAUUUACGCCUCAUUGGCGUUGGGUGGCGUGCUUUUGGUACUUGGAUAUGCUCUGGGUAUCGCUAUGGCGGCAGUCGAGGGAGCACGUCGUGCUUUUUUGUCAUUGGCAUCCGCGUUCUUAUAUGCUCCUCUGGUGUUCUUUGAUGCCUUUGGCGCUGGGAGCGGCAGAGCCCGGUCAAUGCGACUCAGCUUUACCAGAAGACGUGAGCUCGAGCGUGCCUUCACAGACACGGAUCUCACCGACUUGGAUACAAGACUCCCUCUUGCAUUUGGUGCUAUGUUAGCACUCGGAUCCUCAACUUUGGCCGCGCUGCUGACUGCCGCGGCGGUGACGCGGUGCUACUCAGUACUGAUCGUCCCUGUAGUGUACAUGUAUGUGCGUACGGCAAGGCUAUAUUCACGGCCAGCUCGUGAUCUACUUCACUUGGAACGUAAAGCGCGACAGGCUGCUCGGUUGCAUGCAGUUGAGUCGCUUGCGGGGGCACGCGUGGUGCGAGCCUUUGGAUUGUCGCAUGUGCACCGUAUGUUGGGCCACCAUUUCUGGCUUCUGGAUAUCGCUGCUCGUGAUGGUCAUCUCGGCCUACAUAUAGAUCAAUGGCUUGCGCUGCGCGUCCAGUUGUACGGGGCUGUGAUCGUGGGGGUUGUAGCAGCGUCAUUAUUCUUGACUUUGCGAUACGCCUUGAGCGAUGGCCUAUUGGCUUUAGCGUUGUACGAAGCACUGAUAGUGGAUGGAGGAGCACUUGAGUCGCUCGUGCGGGCAUGGGUUUGGUUGAGCCCGGUUCUACCGACAGCCGCCCGAAUUCAAGCAGCCGUGCGAGGGGCGGAAGUGAUCACGGAAACUGCAGCCUACUCGACUGCAGCAGCAAGAGGGGCGUCAGCGCUUUUCACGCCUGUUCAAAGCGAAGUCAACCCAUCGUUGUCGUGGCCUACGAAAGGUGGUUUGCGCUUUGACGCAGUGAGUUUCCGUGAUCCGGCAGCUGCUGUAUUUGACGAGCUCACGGACAUGUUUGAGAUUGGUGAUGGUGGUGCGCCGCCCUUGGCACUUAAGGGGGUAUCGUUCCGUCUACAGGCAGGGAAAAAAAUUGCUAUACUGGAGUCGUCCGCAUCUGCAGUUUCUUCGGUGGGCCGUGCACUGCUGCGUGUGCAUGAGCUGACUGCAGGGCGAAUUGUGAUAGAUGGUGUUGAUAUUGCCACGUUAGGUCUACGCACGCUUCGCUCUCGCGUGGCCUGUGUGUCAGCUGCUGCGCCCAUCGGUGCUUUGUACGAUGGCUCGGUCCGUACGCAGCUGGAUCCAAGUGGUGUUGGUUUUGAGGAUGAUCGACUGUGGACUGUGCUGCGCACUGUGGGACUUGCGAGCAAUGUGGCUACGUUGGAUGGACCGUUGCCAGGCGUCUCUGCUCUUCCACAAAAUCCGUCUGAGCGGCUCCUGCUAAGCCUUGCGCGCGCGCUGCUGAGCAAGCCAUCUGUAGUGGCUUUAGCUUUGGCUCCUGUACUAGCUCUGCCAUCUACAAACGAUUUUCAAUUGCAGACGGAGCCGCAUUUUCCUCUCGAUGAUGCUACCCUCAAGAUUUUGAAGCGUGUGGUGCAUGAAGAGCUCCGUGACGCAACCGUGUUAGUGUUACUACCGUCUGCUACAGCUUCAUCACAGCAUGACCAAGCUCAGAGAGCAGCCUUGCUGAACGUUGCUGAUCGCGUUUUAGUUGUAGUGGAUGGUGAAUUGGUGGAGCAUAAGACACCUGCAGAAUUUGCAUCACCUGCAGCGGAUCCGGAUUGGCUGGAGGUUCUUACUGAGGCUCCGGAUAGAUUGAAGCUAUCCGAUCUGAUGCAUUCCAGCGAGGAUGCUGCCGCAGUGCCUUUGCAAGAAGAGAAAGAGCUGAAACACCAUGUCAGUGGUGGCAAUUUAUUGACGAGUGGUGACUUUGUGGUGGAUACUACCGAUAUAGACAGUGCUGCCGAAACAGAGUGUGAUUAG